GGCGGUGUUAACUCAAAUGACACAUGAGAGCGAGCCUGGAUCUGAGGGAAGCAACGCAAACUCCGCCCACCCGGCUUUGUCAGCCGGGCAACAAAUCGUGUGUAGUCGUUUCUGAGAUGGUUUCUGGGUCGGUUUACGCGCUGUUAGCGGGGUUCCUGGCUGCCGCCGCCUCUCUGUCUGCUAAGCUGACCGUCGGUGCCGACUACCUGAGGGACAUGUGUGAGUCCGGACUGAGCCGGUGGGAUGAAGCACGAGACGGAUCCACAGUCUGUGACUGGCUCCAUGUCCCCCUGAGGCUGCUGUGUGCGGGCCUGCUGUUCUCCUGUAACGCUGUCAUGUGGACCCUGUUCUCCAAGGCUCUCCGUCACUGCUCCUCCUCAGCCAGGGCCACGGUCACCACCACCGCCUCCAACUUCAUCUCCUCUGGCAUCCUGGGGAGGUUCAUGUUUGGGGAGACCCACAGUUCUCUGUGGUGGACGGGCAUGUCUCUGACUCUGUGUGGYCUGCUGGUGCUUCAUGCUUCAACGCCUCAGAGUCCCACACAGGAGGGAGGACAGAAGGACAAGUGAUGCCUCCUUGAAAGACCUCAUCAGGAGUGACUGUUUACAAAGUGGGUCGUGUUUGAGUCCCACAGUCAGAACAGUGGCCUCUGACACCCAACAGGAAGAUUUUUUUUAUUAUUAUUAUUAUUAUUAUUUAUUUGUAGAAGCAGGUUUUCAGGCUGAACUGACGGAUCUUUGUUAUCAGAGCGUUGAAUCUUGUCACCUGCUGUGGUCCUACCGUCCCCACACAGAGAGAACGGUCCAAGUCGUUAUGGUUCCAGAAUGAGCUGCUAUAAGAGCACAAAUACUCCUCUCUAUACCUGAAGAAACUUAAAGCUCUUCAGAGAACACCUUUCUACGGUGUCAGAAAAUAUGAAACUGAUUUUUAGUAUUUUUCAGAUUUGGAAAAUUAAACUUUUUCCUCUGUUGCCUUUUUAAA